GGUGCCGCCCCUUGUCCUGCUCCCGGGAAGGUCGGGGCUGCCCUCGGGGCUGGCUGGCCCCUCCCCGUGUCCCUGGGAGGUGUCCGAGUUUAUUGGGGGCUGUUGGCCGAGGCCUUUGUCCUGCUCCAGGUGCUCUUAUCGCCGCUCCCCGCCCUCCGUGCCCGCGUGCACGGAGAUGGCUUUGCUGUUAUCUGGGCGUUGCUGUUAUCUGGGAUUCGCUAUUAUCUGGGAUUCGCUGUUAUCAGCGGCCUGGGAGAGACCUGUCCCUUCCCCUGUCCCUCUGCAGCAGGGACGGCCAGGGCCGCCCCCUCCCCUCCUGCCUGGGCUCUCACUGGGGUCUGUUCGGGGUGUGCCACAGCCCCCCGUGAGCCCUGGGCUCUGUCAUGGAGCUCCCACCAUCGAAUUCCCAAUUAAUCACCGCAGGGCAGCUGGGGCUGCCCCUGGAUCCCAGGAUGGAAGGGAUCAGCCUGGGAUGGAGCAGCCCUGGGACAGUGGGAGGCGUCCCUGCCCAGGGCAGGGGUGGCACUGGAUGGGCUUUAAGGUCCCAACCCAACCGUUCCACGGCUCUAUGACACCCAGGCAGGGAGGCGGAUGAUGAUGAUGAUGAUCGUCCUGCCCUUCUCCCGCCCUCUCCACACGGGAAAAAGAAGAAUAAACGCUUUGAGCCCUCCUGGGAUAACACAGCUGGGGCUGGGGGCGAAGGGGCUGCCCAGGCAGGGGGCGGCCCCCCACCCCCGCCCCGCCCCGGGGCUGUCGCCCCCGGCCCCGCCGGAUAAAGCAGCGGAGGAGCAGCCCCCGUGCUCCCUGCCCUCCCGGUGCUCCCUGCCCGCUCCCUAUUCCCGGUUUUUCCCCCCUCGCUCCCGGAACGCCCCGAGGAUGCUGCGCCGCCGCGGAGCCUUCACGGUGCAGCCGCUCCGUGCUGACCCCGAUGGUCCCUGGGAGUCGGCCGAGAGCUGCAUCGUGCGCACCUCCGCCAGCGUCUACCGCCGGCUGCAGGAGAGCCCGCGGCAGCCCCCGCGGGGCAUGAGCACCCGGGGACCCCCCCCGCCGCCAGCGCAGCCCCCCAGCAGCCCCCCGGCCGGCGGGAGGUUCCUCAAGUCCGAGUCCGAGGAUUCCGGCGUGGAGAUGGCCAGCAGCGAGCACUCGCCCCGCACCCUGCCGUGCUCCGAGAGCCGCUUCUCCCUGGACGGUUUCCCGGCGGAGGAGAAGCCCCCCGGAGAGGAGCCCCCCCGGAGCCGCUCGGCCAGCAGGAGGCUGCUGCAGGCAGCGCAGCGGAGCAGGAGGCAGCGCUGCCCUCGCCAGCUCAGCAGGCGCAGCGCCAGCGCCGCCGACCUGGCAGAGCCCCCGCGGGACCCCCAGGAGGCCGAGGGGGCGGCUCGGCCCCCUCGGGACCCCCGGGCCGUGCCCGAGGCCGCGGUGUCGGGGCAGGGGCUGCGCUACCUGGAGCACGUGUGCCAGAUGCUGGAGCGCCUGGCGCGGCUGCAGCAGGACAACCGCGCCCUCCGGCAGCAGGCGGCCGGAGCCCGCUGCGCCCGCCCGGCCACGCUGCCCAGCCGGCAGCCUCCGAGUCAGGAUUUGGGCACCUGGAGGGGUGAGGAGUUCCGGCCGCGCUCCUGCUCGGACAGCCAGGCUCCAGCAGCCGAUCCCGGGCCGUGCCGGAGGUUGUGGGGACACUCGGUCAGCUCCCCCAGCCUGCUGGACCCCGCCGAGGGCGGGCCGGGUGUCCCGGCACCGGACAAGGUACGGCUGGGGAGGGUCGGGGAGCGGCGGGGGGGCCCCGGGGGUGUCCCCGCUGACCGCGCCUCUCCCGCAGGACGGGCGCUCGCACUGGGGCCGGGUGAAGGUGCUGCUCACCCGCCUGACCCGCCGCUCCCUGCGCGGUGGCCGCUGCAGGUAGGACGGGGGUCCCGCUUCCACCGCCACACCUGGAUGGAGGAACUGCGUCACACCUCACCCCAUGACGUCACGCCAGCCCGGGGCCGGUCCCCGGCCUGGCGCACCCCCUUCACCUUUUUUUCUUUACCCCAAUAAAGUCUUUUCACCAAUAAACAGGCGGCUCUGAGCGAGGUGUUUCCUGUCGCGCCGUGACGUCACGCCCCUAAACCCGGCGUGACGUCAUGCGAGGGCGCGUCACUGCCGCAUCACUUCCGACGGC